GACGAACUGUAAUAUGACAGUUUUGUGUAUUAUCGAAUAUUGAAUAUACUUGAAAUUUUCAUCUCUAUUUAUUAUACCUACAAUUUUUUUUUAUUAGAUUUUCUUAAUAAACUAAUGUCUAAUUGUGGCAGAUUUAGAGAUAGAUGUCCGGUCAUUUGUGCAGCUGGAAAACCGACCAUACCGAAUAUCUCAGCAAAAAAAACCUUACAGGAAUACAAUAUAAGCGAUAGUGUUGACGCGUUAAAGCAUGAUCUCAAGAUUUUUAAUGAAAAAAAGAUAGAUGUCCCAUACAGAUUACCAGAAAUUGAGAACGUUAGGCAUAGAGGAGCUAAUGAUAGAAUACUGAGACACCUGAAGCGACCACAAAAGACAAGAUAUCAACAAUUGGUAACAGAUCUCAAAGAAACUACGUAUCGCUCAUAUUGGAAAGAACCAUUAGGAAAACCAAGCGAUGAAAUUCCAGGUAUACCACAAGGAAUGGACACAGUGGGCACAACAUUUGGACACAAACCACGAGAACAUGUUCCACUGUAUGAAGUUGUUUUUCCCAAAAUACCAAGAUACCAAGUGUUAUGGAAUAGUCAAGUGAAUCACGAAAACUAUAAGAAAAUUUAUAACGACUACAACUUGAAUGAAAAAAUAGACCGGAAUUACUUCAAGCCACCAUACAACCCUAACAACUGCUUUGGUAGUAAAACCAAAAACGACGAGAGAGGUCUAGGAGCAAAGUGUGCCAUGAACUGGUUUAACAGAGACCCUGUAUCCGUCGCAUCGAGCAGACAGGUUGAUUAUUUCGAUAAGUAUCAUCUUAAGAUUGGUGAAGAAUACGCACCUAUCAGAAUCAAGGAGUCCAUGCCUAAAGAUCACACGUAUGGCAGGCCGUAUAAGAUGGAAAUGCACGGUGUGGCUGACCUCUUGAGGCCAGGCUGUCAACCAGGCUUGCAUAAGAGAGAAACCUUGGUUAGGCUGGGUUCGUUGAACAUGCUGAGGCAGAAUAUAAAGAAGAGGUUCUCACCUUCGUUCACCAUGAACGAUUUGUUGGAGAAAUUAGCGUACCACGAUAAGAAUAUGUCGCACUUCAUAACGUUGAAGGACUUCUACCACGUGAUCGGUUGUCUGAAGAUAAAUAUGAACCGAGAAAACCUUGAACAACUCUUUCGGCAGGUUGGCAUCGUCCAAUCAGACAAGAUUGAUUAUAAAAGAUUUAUUGAUGCUUUAUCUUUCGAUAUGGAGUUUGAGAAGCAGUUGGAUCCACUCCCAGAGGAUAAACUAAGCUUCUGUUCAGAAUCUUCAGCUUCGCGCUUGGAUCACUUCUUCAUAGACAAUUCAAAGUCCCCAGCAGCAGGUCUAUCUUCCUAUCGCUUCGAUCUAAAGUUCCCACCUAAGAAAGGAUGUGAAUGUGAAAGAGAAGAUUUGCCAACAGAUGAUGUCAAAACUUUGGUGGACAGAAGUAUUUUCAUUCAAUAUAAUAUAUCUUACAGAGAUAUGUUCAAAGUGAGAACCAAAGAGUUCAUUAGAACCCUGUUCGAAAACUGCGGUUACAAAUUUGCAGAUGGCGCUUUCGACGAAUUGUAUAAUUUGGCUUUGGCACAUGAUAAAACGGAUGGUGUAUGCGUGGAUACGUUCAAUAAACUUGUGCAAAAGCAUCAGGCCCCGUUAAAGAAACUUGUUGAUGAGUCUGAAUGUGUACCGCAGCAAAUUAGAAAACCCUGCGCUUGCUACUGAUUUACUUGCAAUCAAUGGGAGAAAUGAAUUUUAUUUGGAGUCAUUCAAGGAGGAACUUCUUAUCCAGUAGAUUUUUUCAAUACUCUGACGGAAGAUAGGCUAUAUAUAUGAAGAAUAUUAUGUUAUUAUUUAGCAGUAAUUUUUUUUAUAGGAAUUAAAGUUUUAGACAAGAA